AUGAUGGACUCCAAUAAGAUGACCAUCAACGUGGUCCUCUUUGGCAUGACUCAAAGUGGAAAAAGUUCUGCUGGGAACAUUCUUCUGGGAAGCACUGACUUCCACAGUAGCUUUGCUCCAUGUUCUGUGACCACAGAUUGCAGUCUGGGCCGCAGCUGUCACUUCCACAGCUUCAUGCGUCGAGGCGGGCAAGAGGUAACCCUGCAGGUCCAGGUGCUGGACACUCCAGGUUAUCCGCACAGCAGGCUGAGCAAGAAGCAUGUGAAGCAGGAGGUCAGGGAGGCCCUGGCACAUCACUUCGGGCAAGAGGGUCUGCACCUUGCACUGCUGGUCCAGAGGGUGGAUGUGCCUCUAUGUGAACAGGAAGAAUCUUCCCCAGUGCAGAUGAUCCAGGAACUUCUGGGACAUGCUUGGAAGAAUUACACUGCCAUUCUUUUCACCCAUGCAGAAAAAAUCGAAGAGGCUGGGUUCAAUGAAGAUGAAUACUUACAUGAGGCCUCUGAUACACUGCUAACCCUACUAAAUUCUAUUCAGCGCAGAUAUAUUUUCCAGUAUAAAAAAGGAAGCUCGCUUAAUGAACAAAGACUAAAAAUCUUAGAAAGGAUCAUAGAAUUUAUAAAAGAAAAUUGUUACCAAGUUCUUACCUUUAAAUGA